AUGAUGAAUCCAUUUAAAUCAUUAUUAUUGGCUUUUGUCUGGACCCUUCUUGGCUCUACCAUUUGCUUGGUAGUUGCUGAUAGCGCCGCUUGUAAUCCUUCAAAUUGUAAAGCUCCAACUUGUUUUUGUCCCGGAAUAACUCCUCCUGGAGGUCUUUCUCUGGACGAUACUCCGCAAUUUUUCAUGUUAACUUAUGAUGAUUCUAUUCAAGAUCGUACUAUGUCAGUUGUAAACAAGUUAAUGGGAACUAGGAAAAAUCCUAAUGGAUGUCCUAUCAGUGCUACUUAUUAUGUUAGCAUUCAAUACACAAAUAUGUCUAUGGUCACUGAAUGGUAUGCCCGUGGUCAAGAAGUUGCCGACCAUACCAUGACCCAUGUCGGAAAAUCACCCGAAAAUGAAAUUACUGGAUGUAAGGCAGCGCUCAAUGCAUUUGCCGGGCUUCCGAAUGGCAACAUUAAAGGUUUUCGAACCCCAUUUCUAGAUUGGACGCCGGAAGUUCUUCAGACUCUUGCAAAAUUAGGUUUUCAAUAUGAUUCAAGUGUUACAGCUUUGAAAGAAGAUGCAUCUUGGCCUUACACUUUAGAUUAUGGUCUUUAUAAUGAUUGUUGGAAAGGUUUUUGUAAUUCAACAAUAAUUCCCGGUUUCUUUGAAAUUCCAAUGGCUGCCCUUAUCGAUGAACAAGGACUACCUCAUUUAAUGGAUCCAUACCUCGAUAAUACUACUGAUGUUGUAAAAAAAUGGUUACAGGACAAUUUCAAUCGUCACCUUACCCAAGGAAAAACUCCAUUCGGUGUUUAUAUUCAUCCAGUUCAACUCGAUAAUUCUACAGCUCCUGGCAGAAAUACUGAACCAAUGAUUCAGAUGCUUCAAGAAUUUUUCGAUUGGGCAUUAGCACAACCAAAUGUAUGGUUUGUAACUUCACAACAGCUUCUCACCUGGAUGAAAAAUCCUGUUCCUGCAAGUCAACUCAAAGAUUAUGCUCCAUUCAAAUGCCAAGCUCCAAAGAUUGACAAGAAAAUUUGUAAUGGCUUAACUGAUGAUGGUCUUUUAGAAACCUGUACUUUCCCUAAUGGUUCAUGGAGUACAUGUUAUGGUUGUCCAACUAGUGAUAUUACUCUUGAUAAUCCUGUCCCUCCAGGUGGCGAUAGACACAGAUUACCCACGAACUGUGAGACUGUUUGGUGGGAUCCGAUCGGAAAUUCUUGUUUGUGCACUAACGCAUCUUGUGCUUAUGUGGAUACAAGUGUACCAAUGCCGACUCAAAGUUCAAAUAAUAGCGGUUCCAAUCCUACCAACAACGGACAAUCUAAUGGCCAAAAUGGUCAAAAAUCUGAUGCUACACAGAAUCAAAACUGUUCGUCAGGAGAAGUGAAGCAAAAAUCUAUUAGUGAUUUUUUCAAGCCAAAAAAUGAUAGGUUCGAAAACUCAUCGGAUGAUGAUUCUGGAAAUGUUAUUGUGAAAAGACAAAAAAGACAAGCAUAUCCUUUGAUACCACGUUUUAAUUCGGAAAAUAACACGAGAAUCCACUCAGAUACUGCAUCGCCACCAAGGAAACGCGUCAAACAAACAGAGCAAAUGUUUCUUGAUUUUGGACAAAAGAAUUUCGGUGUUUACACGUGUCCAGAAUGUCAUAUGCUUUAUAGUCGUGGCACAGUUGAAGAUGAAGUAGUGCAUGCAAAGUACCAUAAGGCAGUUGUCAGAGGAAUCACUUAUACGAGUUAUAAGCAUGAAAUUAUGUUAAAACAGUUUCCAGACGACAAUAGUCGCGUAAUGAUGCUCAUAUAUGACCAAUCAAAUCCAUUUGAAAAACGAAAGAUUCUUCAAAUUCUUAACGUAAUUGAUACUGAAUUGAACUCUAUAGAGUUAAGUGAGCAGAAGUUAGAUCAAUGCAAGAUUUAUUUAUACGUUACAGACAAGAAAAAAGUUGAAGGGUGUGUAAUAGCUGAACCAAUUACGAGAGCUUACAGAAUUUCACGUAGUGAUGACAGUACACAAGUUGAAAAAAUGCAAGUCGGAACUUCCAAUAAUGGAUCUGCAGUUUUUUGCUUUACAAAACCAAUUCAAGCAGUAUGUGGAAUAAACCGAAUAUGGGUAUCCAGGCCACAUAGGAGGAAAGGCAUUGCGACAAAACUUUUAAACGUUGUUAGGGAAAAAUUUAUGUAUGGAUGUAUUCUUAAACCAAGUGAUUUGGCAUUUUCGCAACCAACUGGAGAUGGUCAAGCCUUUGCCGCUCACUACACUGGCGUUAUGGAAUUUCUUGUGUAUGCUGAAAACUAA